GAGAGCACAUCUCCUUACAAGAUGGUCUCGCCACUCAAAGCCAAGCAGACACCCAUGAAAUCCUCAGUCACAGUGUCUGCUCUGGCUGCUGUCAAAAUGUCAGGUAAGAGAAUGUCUGAGAAGUUUGUGUCGCCGCUGAAGGACAGUAAGACUCCCAUGAAGACGGGCAAGGUGGUUAAAGCAAAAGCCAAGACACCUGCUAAAACUAAGACACCUGCAAAAGCUAAGACACCUGCUAAAGCUAAGACACCUGCAAAGGCCAAGACACCUGCAAAGACAAAGACACCCGCUAAACCCAAGACACCUGCUGAAGAAAAGACACCGAAAUUCUUGGUAUGGCUGCUGUCAAAAUGUCAGGUAAGAGAAUGUCUGAGAAGUUUGUGUCGCCGCUGAAGGACAGUAAGACUCCCAUGAAGACA